UACCAUUGGUCGAGUCACCUCGCGUCAAUUAUUGCGGACCGCGUCUUCUUCCUAGCGUUGCCAAGUGGGCAGUCGGACCUUGUACUUGACUGCUAGCCACACUGUAUUCUUGCGCGCCUUCCUCCCUUCCGUCCAUCUUCCUCAAAUACACCACUCUCCUAAGCUGUAGUACCCCGCCAUUUUUGUGCCCUCGCAUUCUUCAAUUUUGUCCUACAGAAUUACUGUCCCGAUCUCUUCUACCCACUGCCGUGGGGCUUGUAUUAUGUCCCAGCUCGGGAAGAUUGACACAAUGCAGCGCGCUCUCGACAUUGUCAACGAGCAUGUCUACUUUAGCCCUGAGGCAACCCAGGGCUGGAAGUCGAAUUCGGAGCUCCCACAAGCUCGCGAGAUUCUAGCAACUGAGAAUGACACAAAGGAUCCGCCAGAGAAUCCCGUCGAUACUCCCUGGGCCUCAAAAGAGGCCUAUCUCGAGGCGCAAUACGAGAUCCUGCGUCGCGAAGGAGUUGAGGGUCUACGGUUCUCCGUAGGACUCUACAAAGAUGCCAUCAAGAACAAGAAGGUUCGAGUCAAGUCAUAUCUAAUGUCACGCCUCGGGCCUAUCGCACGCGUGGAGUUCUCGACAAAGCGGUCGACAUACAGGAUCAAGUGGCAGCAAUCGAGGAGGCUCAGGCCGGGGACCAUCGUCGCGAUUUCUACGAAGGAUAACAACUUCAAGACAAUCUGCAAGAUCGCCACAAUUGCCCAACGGCCAUACCGAGAUGGCCUUGACCAGGACCCGCCACUUGUUGAUCUGAUGUGGGCGAAUACGGAAGAUGCCGUUUUGGAUCCGAACCUGGAACUGGUCAUGGUUGAGUCUCGAAACGGGUAUUUCGAGUCAGCACGCCACGCACUCGUCGGCUUGCAGCACGCCGCUCAGACAUAUUCGCCUUUGGACAAGUAUCUUAUUGGCAACCAUGUCCACGAUACACCACCCGCGUUCAUUGAAGAGUAUCCUUGGAUGGACUUCUCUUCACUCAUCCACCGCGCCACCGAGAACGGCGACACUUUGCGAGAAUCCAUGAGCACCUUUCAUGUUCUAGAGGGUGGCCCUCCUGGCCUUCAAGGAGCUUCGACACUGGACGAUUCGCAACUCGAAGGCGUACAUAAAAUUGUCUCCAACGAGCUCGCAAUUGUUCAGGGCCCCCCUGGCACUGGAAAGACGUUUACAUCCAUAGAGGCGAUCAAAGUGAUCCUUUCCACCCGCCGCAAGCAAGGAGGUCCGCCGAUUAUUGUUGCCGCCCAGACGAACCACGCUCUGGACCAGAUUCUUAUCCACUGUUUGAACAAUGGCGCCAAUAUUCUUCGAGUUGGCAGAAGGACCGAGAGCCCCAUGAUUCGACCCCACACGGUGUAUGAGACUCGCAUGCGCUGCCAAGAAGUUCAAGACAAGCGAUAUCGAGGCCUUGUUCAUUCUCAUCGCGCCAACAUUGACGCCAUUCAAGACUUGGUUAGCGGCGUCUUUGGCGACAACCUCAUUAGUCCUUCUGCACUUUUGGAUGCAGGGAUCAUCACUCAGGAUCAGUUCUCAUCGUUGUAUGACGAAAGCAUGGAGACUGAUGUUGAGAAGGGGCCGUUUGCGCUCUGGCUUGGUGACAGCCUCAUUCCAGCUCGGAUCUUGCGGGACCAGCAUCCAACCCAGCAAGACCUGGAUGAGGCCGAGGCGAAGCGUGAAAUUGAGUUCGACGGCGACCUGGACAAUAUCGCCGAAGACGAGGAAGAUUUGGACCGUAUCAGGGGCCAGCUAAUUGAGUUGGCUCACAUGUGGUCCGGCAGAGAACCCUCGCAUGUCUCGCGUUGGCAGCGCGCUGCCGCGCGUGCACUGGCAGAUAACAGCGAUUUGUUUUGCAUCGGCCCAGACAUGCGCGGUGCGGUAUACCAGCUCUUGCAGGCUAAAUUGCUGGAAGCUACCACGCCAAAGCUCACCUCCCUCCUCGCUCAGAAUGUUUACCUAUGUAAACAACUCAAGGCAAGCAAGUGGGCCAGAGACACCAAUUUAAUUGACUCUGAGGGCAUCGAAGUUGUUGGGUGUACCACGACGGGCCUCACCAAGUUUCGUGGCUUUUUAGCUGCGUUGAUGCCUCGUUCUCUCCUGAUCGAAGAGGCUGCCGAGACACGAGAGGCCAACAUUACGUCGGCUCUCUUCCCGAGCCUCCAGCAGCUGAUUCUUGUCGGGGACCAUCAGCAGCUGGCGCCUAACUGCGACAUCCGAUGGCUAGGAGAAGAGCCUUACAACCUCAAUGUCUCUCUCUUCCAGCGCAUGGUCAAUCUCAAAAUGCCUUUCGUGAUGCUGAAGCAUCAACGCCGGAUGAAGCCCGAGCUAAGCUACAUUUUAAAGCCGUUCUACCCGGAGCUACAGGACCACCCCGUUGUACAGGACGCCGCCAAUCGACCAGACGUGCCCGGAAUGGGUGGUCGGAACUGCUUCUUCUUUGAUCAUGAAUGGCCAGAGGAGAUGAACGUUGACAUGAGCAAAUUGAACGAUCAAGAAGCACAUAUGAUUGUCAACUUCUUCAGCUAUCUCGUCGCCAAUAGCACUGAUGCGUCGAAAAUCACUAUCCUUACCUUCUACAAUGGACAGCGGAAGCACUUAUUGUCCUUGUUGAGAAAGCACGACUCGCUCAUUGGCCUCCACUUCAAUGUUUUCACGGUUGACUCUUACCAAGGAGAGGAGAACGAUAUAGUGCUUCUCUCGCUCGUUAGAAGUCCCUUGCCAGGUAACCCAUUUGCGGUUGGCUUCUUGGAAGACCAACGACGUGCGGUAGUCGCAAUCAGCCGUGCCCGUCUUGGGUUCUUCAUGUUUGGAAAUGUCGACAAUGUCCUCAGAGCCAACCAAUCGUCCUUCGUUCUAUGGGCGAAAAUCUGGAAUGGGUUUUCCGAGCAGCAGAGGGUCCAACCCGCUUGCCAGGCAUCGGAUAUCUGCGACAGCUUCACUAACAAUGGCCUCGGUAUUCAGUGCCAGGGGUUUGAUGAGGGCGCAGCAAUUGUCGAGAAUGUUGCCCCAACCGUUGAGAGUGUGUCUACGAUGCUCGAGAAUUCUACCACAAACGUUAAGAAUGUCGUGGACUCGCGGGAAGAUGGCAAAGAGGACUGGCUCAUAUGGUUCUGA